UACCCAGGGUUCAGGAAAGGCACUAUAUAAAUAAUCAAGAAACAAUUCGGAGCUCUGGAAGAAAAGUAAUUUACAUGCCCAAUUUAAUCAAAAUCAAAGACUGUCAUGCAAAAACUUUUUUGGAAACUAAAAUGGAAUGACCCAUCUGUUUUUUUUCUUUAUCUUUUACAUAAAUUAACAUUAAUGCCAGAACUUAGCUCACUUACAUAUAAAGGCUGGGGAAUAUCUUCAUGUAAGUAUUUAUGAUGAAUCCAACUUAAAUUAACUAUGUAAAUCAACCUUUUAAAUAAUCAUGUAAUAAAUCUGCCCCCUGAGAUGUGAAGAAUGUUCGUGGAGGGCGAGAGAGAUGGCGCUACAUUACAGAGGCAUCACUUUCUUUUUGCGGCCAGUUGUACAAAGACUCUGUGGUACCUGCACAGUCCUGCAUUGUAUCAACACAAGUUCCAAAACAGUAGGAGCUUUCACGGCCAUGAGUCGAAAGAGGGGCUACAGCUUCGCGGAAGUUGCCCUUUCCCCCGAUUCCCAAAACGCCUUUAUGAACAUGAUGGCUCCCCGUCCCCAGGCCGACGACGACGGCGCCGCCGUGGAGAACGAUGAGGAGCUGCUGAACUCGGUCAGCGAGAUCACAGAGCAUCUCGGCAGGAACAUCUCGGUGGUGCUGGAGACGGCGCUGUCCGAGAUCAGGAAGAUGGUCAGCGUCAGGAUACGGGUGCUCAAAAUGGAGCUCCGCGAGAAAUCGGACGAGAUCGAAGCGCUAAAGGCGAGACUGGAGGCGGCUGAGAGGGACGGCAGGGAUCCGCCUCCCUUUCGGAAAUCCGAUUUCCAUCCGGGUGCCAAAUAUACUAACAAUGACCCAAAGAAAACGAAAGCAGGUGCCCCUGGCAUCAAAAAGGAGAACAUCGAUGCCAUCUGUAACUAUUUAAUGAAAGAUAAAAACUCCCGAAGCGGCGCUGAAUUGGAGAUCGAGCAGAGCAAUGUGCCACCGCCGGCCAGCGACCGGGAGCCGCAGCCGCACGGCUCCGUCAGUCUGUGGACAGACGAGGAGCCGGGAGAAGGCGAGACCGACUCGGCAUCCGAGGAUAUAUUUAACAUGCUGCCUUCGGGAAGCAAGCGCAUUUAUGACUACGAGUGGAUGUCAGGAGUGGAGUACGCGGCUGAGCUGAAAGGUGUGAGGGAGCCAAAAUGUGAAAGUGGCACACCUGUAAAUGAGGGUGACAUGGAGGAACGGGACUCGGAUGGGGGGAGGCGUGCUCUGAGCCAGCCCCAUGGUCCUGCGGCCCACUCACACACCUCGGAUUUCCCUGCCGAAAGCCAGGGUUCCCCUGAAGUGGAGGGAACGGGUGAUGUGGACGAGCGCAUGGACAGGAUAGACACAGGUCAGCAGUUUCCUGCUCAUACUUACCUCUGCCCUCUCUGUGGAACCUUCUGUCCUGAUGCCUUGUUUCUGGAGGAGCACUUGAAGUUGAUGCACGUGGACAGCAACACCCAGGCGUUACCGUCUGCAUCCAGCUCGUCUGCAUCGCUGGGUGAGGCCAGUGUGGGCCCCCGGAAAGGCGAAGGGGAGGAGAGAACAGCAGCAAGGGCUGCUCGAGAGAAGAAGGGGGCGGGGGGCUACGAAUGUGCCGACUGUGGCCGGCACUUCAACUAUUUGGGCAACUUGCGGCAACACCAACGCAUCCAUACAGGGGAGAAGCCGUUCAUUUGCCCUGAGUGCGGAGAGCGCUUCCGCCACGCUGCCCGCCUCAAGAGCCACAGGCUGGGCCACAGUGGUGCACAGAGCCCCUUCCCCUGCCCUCAGUGUGGCAAGGGCUUCCCAGUGCUGUCUGGCCUGAAGCGCCACCAGCGGGUGCACACUGGGGAGAGCCCCUACGCCUGCCCGCAGUGUGGCCGGCGCUUUAAGGAGCUGGGCAACCUGUACACCCACCAGCGCAUCCACAGCGGGGCCACGCCCUACUGCUGCCAGCAGUGCGGACGCAGCUUCCGGCACCUGGGCACUUACAAGAGCCACCGCUGUACUCCCACCCAGUGACGUCUGCUCACUGCGAGUACCUGACGUGGGGAGUCUGCCGGUGGCCAGUGGACAGUUGGUAGGUCCUUUAACUGGAGGGAGCAGCUGGCUGUCACCGGAAACAGUGUUUUCUUUGGUGGAAACUGGAAUCAGUUCAAAUCACUUCCAUCAUCCAUACAUUUGUAAGCAUUUUGGCCAAGUGGUACACAGCUCAUUGAAAUAUUAUACAUAAGGGAAAAAGGGAGAUGAGAUGUGAGAGGGCAGCUGGGAGCAGUCACUGGAUUCUUAUGUACGGUUUUAUCUGAAUCUGCCAUUUUUUAUUUUUUUUUGGGAAUGGUCUGAAUGUUUCUCCUGAAUUUCUGUAAUUAACCUCAUGUAUGGCUCAAUAUCAAUUGACAUAUAAGGUAGCAAAGCGGUUUUGAUCAGCAGAAUUUGUUUACAUUUUUCCAGUGAUUUCUUCACCUCUUCCUAGGUUUUACUUGUUAAAAUCCUCAUAGGUAGAGGCUCAUUGGGAUGCAUCCGUUAAACUGAGCUGUUCUCUCUCUGAAGAUCUGAGUUACAUUUACAAUUCAGUUACUGUUCUGUAAACUGCACUUUGACCUCUAUUUUUCUGGUGAUGGCCCUUCCAUCACGUUAUCUAAAAAUAGUGGGUAGAAACCAGUGGAAACCAUGUACCUACUACGAAGAAAGAGUUCAUGCCGGUGAGCUCUUUGAUGUUGCAAUGUCACUGUUAAGCUUCAGUGUAAUGUGCAUGAGCUGCUGUUUUAAUAAGCCUUAGUGUAGCUGCACACACAUGCAUGUUGUUAACACUCUUGGAUUUGGUUUUCCCUCUAACAAGGUCAUAUUACUCUUACAUUUCACACAAAUGAGGAUACUCCUGGUAAAAAUGGACUAAAUCCUAUGACCUUGGUCAGUAAUAAUCCACAUUCACACUGUCUGGUUCCCUUGCACAUGAUGAGCACUCUCUAAACCAGGGGUAGCUAAUCUUGUCUGCAAAGGGCGGGUAUCUAUGCAGGUUUUUGGGAUAACCUUUAAGUCAGCUGUUCAAACCCAGGUGUGAGAACUCUUCAGCCAAUCAGUCCUCUAAUUAGUAAUCUAAUUAGGGAGUUGCAGCAAAACCUGCAUGCGCAAUGGCCCCUUCUGGAUAAGAUUGACCACCCUUGCUUUAUGCCAAUGCAUUUUUACUGUUUUAUUCCUAUAUACAGUUCAAGUGUCAUGAAAAAUAUGCUACCAAAUUAGUCUAUGUAGCUGCCUCCUCCCAGUGGACAAAUUGAGUUAUUGCAACAUUUAGGUGUUAUAACAGGGGUCUCCAACUCCAGUCCUGGAGAGCUACUAUCCAGUAGGUUUUCUAUCCUACCUGGCUUCUGAUGAGCUACACCUGCUCCUGGUAUUUACCUGAGAACAGGUGUGGCUCAUCAGAAGCCGGGUAGGAUAGAAAACCUACUGGACGGUAGCUCUCCAGGACCGGAGUUGGAGACCCCUGUGUUAUAAGAAUAGGACCCGGAGACUGGAAUACCUGCCUAAUGGAAUAAUACCAGAUUGUUAUUUCAAGCAAUAUCACAGUCAGAUUUGCAAGCUACACUGUGUUUUGUUCUGUGUAUCUGACUUACACAAAAAUUCUGGUGAGUUACAGUCAAAAUGUUUUUUCUUCAGUUGAAUUUGCUCUCCUUUUUGAUAUGGGGUCAGAAUAUGGAGACUAUAAAAACAUUAAGGCCCAUUUUCAAAGCUAACUCCUCUUUCAUAUUGUUUUUAUAAAUUGGUGCCGUCAGCUAGUAAAUGUGAUGUGUUUGUUCAUGGUCAUUUGACAUAAAUUUUUCUGUUUAAGGUCAAAAACUGAGAAGUGAGAAUGAUCUCAAUUCAAAUGACAUUUCAGGAUGAUUCUUCAGUCAGCUUUGUGUGACGUUCUGAAAAGAAUCACUGGUAAAAGUGGUGGAUGUGACAUGCUAAUAAGUGACAUGCUAUGAUGCUAAUAAACAAAAUGCUGCGUA